GAAUAUGUGACGCAAUGAAAUAACUUUAGUGAAUGACAAAAUAAUUAGCUUUAAAACAGUCGAGUUUCUCAUAAGAGUCUAUAUCUGGCAACGCAAGAGAUCCCUAAUAUGGCUAGAAAAUUAAAGAUGCUAAAAAUAUGAAGAUAAUACAGAUAGUUGACUAUAUUAACAACCCUGACGCUUCUUAACCCUCUCAACGCCAAAGCCCAACCACACAAUCUGCCCAAUCUCCGUCGCUCUUGUAAUGACACUUGCAAAAAGAGCGCACGCAGUGAUCUUGACAUUGAAACCUGACUGUGACGUCAUCGUGUAAACAAGUUCCCGCGGCAUAUAAAGGCUGGACCGAGAAGCCGCGCGAGGAGAAGACAGCGCACACACCUCGCGUUCAGACACACACGCACACGCGACCCGAUCUCAAGUGUAUACUUCCGUAGCCGCCAAGUUCCGCCCGCUUGACAGGCUUCCGCCCUCGACGUCGAGCUGGAGUAAAGAUUCUUUGGGACUCCGCGUGCUUUUUUUUGCUCCCGCUCUCGUCUUCUGGAGUGCGGGCGUGCGAGAGCGAGAGGGAAAAGGAAAACAGGUCACGGAGGAGGAUCUCGACAGCGUCCGAGGCGAAAAUGGGUUUUAGCGUCGCGCAAGUCGCCCUGGUCCUGUGCCUGGCAGGAACCUCCCUCGCUGCGGUCGCCAUCGGCCCCGCGGUCGUGCACCCAG